AUGGACGAUAAGGAGAAAGAGAAAGAGAAGGUGAAGGAGAAGCACGCCGACGGGAUCGACGUUGUGGAGGAAGAAGAGGACGAAGAAGGUAACAAGCGCAUUGUCGUGCUUGGCCCCCAGGUCCCCCUCAAGGAACAGCUCGAGCUCGACAAGGACGAUGAGAGCCUAAGGAGGUGGAAGGAGCAACUCCUUGGGCAAGUCGACACAGAGCAGCUGGGAGAAACCGCGGAACCAGAGGUUAAGGUGCUGAACCUGACAAUCCUUUCACCUGGCAGAUCGGAUCUGGUCCUUCCGAUCCCAUUCCAGGCGGACGAAAAGGGCUAUGCAUUUGCUCUCAAGGAUGGCAGCCCCUACAGCUUCCGUUUCUCCUUCAUCGUCUCCAACAACAUCGUGUCAGGCCUGAAGUACACCAACACUGUCUGGAAAACUGGAGUAAAAGUGGAGAACCAGAAGAUGAUGCUGGGGACAUUCAGCCCCCAGUUAGAGCCCUAUGUCUAUGAGGGCGAAGAAGAGAGCACCCCUGCUGGCAUUUUUGCAAGAGGUUCUUAUUCUGCUAAAUUAAAGUUUGUUGAUGAUGAUGGCAAGUGCUACCUGGAGAUGAGUUACUACUUUGAGAUUAGAAAGGAGUGGCCAGCAGGAACUCAAUGA